CCGCCUUUACGACGUAGUCUCGCGUCCGCGGUAGUCGCAUCGCGCUACGAAACGGAUAUUGUGCAGCAUCGGUGUCCUCAUUACGCACAUUUCACGGAGGUCACACACUACCGAUAAUGUCGACGGACUUGCGAGCGUCGGGGUGUCCGACGAACUCGAGUAGGGUGUAGACGCAGAAGAAACAUUCGUUUGCGUUCUGCAGUAAGGUCGACAAUCGAAUCUCCCAGAAAUCGCAAGACGAUAUACGAAGGCAUGUGACAGCGGGCAAGAUAAGCAGGCUUCGCGUUUGAAACAUCGCGUUCAGAAAAGAGGACACUAGUAUCGCAAAAAAGUUAAUUCUUCCGAUCCGUGCAAGAAGGAAAACGUACGUGCGAUUUUGUGGUUACGUCUAUAUAAGGAUCGCCUGAAAUAUAUGUGUGAUCGACUGAAUCAGCUCACGCUAAUCGAACGCUAUUUGACAUCUCAUCAGAAAUGACACCAGGUUAAGACGAAGCGCGUAAGAAGAUCUCAUCGUCGUCAGCAUGUCGACGAAUUAUUUGAUCGUGGGUGAGUGUACCUGCGAAAAUAAGCUUUCUAUUUAAAUCGUAUUUUAAUCUUGAAGGUUCUAUAUCUCUCAAAACAAGGAUAGCAUUGUCGGAUUGAAAAUUUGUUCACUUGCGCGAGUGUUUAACGAAUUCAGUGUGUUUAGUUUUUUUUUUGUGUGCCUUUGUGAUUAGAGCAAUCGAUAUAAAAUGUGUUUUGCUUGAACUCACUGAGACGAAAGAAAAAUAUUAUAUAAUCGAUUUAUAUAUUAGGAUGUUUACUUCUCUUCUUCUCUUUAGCGUUAAACUAACUUCCUCCCGAACGCAGAGUUUAAGGAACCAAGUAUGAAUAAUCGCGGUUGUGUAUAUUUCGCGGCAAUUGUACUCGCGGUUGCCAACGUCUGUCGUGCGGAGUGCCAGACACGCUCCGUUUACUGCUACGAAUGCGAUUCAUGGACGGAUCUCAGAUGUAAGGAUCCCUUCAACUACACAGCACUGCCCAGGGAUCAACCACCUCUGAUGACAUGUAACGGAUGCUGCGUGAAGAUGGUCCGCAACGCAAACUCACCGUACGAGAGCGUAAGAAGAACCUGCACUUCGCAACUACAAAUAAACUUAUUCAUGGUGGACCACGUGUGCAUGAUGGAAAGUACCGGCACUGGUCACAUGUGCUUCUGUGAGGAGGAUAUGUGCAAUCGUGUACCCCCGACCUCGAGCUCGAAUCCCGUACUCCUGCUGUUCCUGUCGACCAUCCUUGUUCUGCGCUCGGCCGUCUUAGGAGCCUCAGCUUGCUUUGUAGAACGUUGCAAUGAUCACGUCGUAUAACACCAAUUAAUUCGAUCCACUCAUCGCAGUGGUGUCCAAUCAUAUCCUUCAUAGAGAUCUUAGCGUGUCGUCAACACGACCAUUUGUCGGAACGAACGAUCGAGUGUUUGGCUUUGAUCCCAAAAGAUCAGAUUUAUUAGCUCAAAAGGAUGACGAGAUCCCACGUAAAAUCGAAGCGGUAAAAUCGAUUGAUGUAAUUAUCAUUGAUUUUGUGCCUCACUUCUAAGUGCGUGUUAUCAGAUCGCAUAGAAAUAAGAUUAUAUUUGAUAGAGAAAUUUUAUCAAAGUGUUAUGCAUAUCUUGUUAGACAAUAUUUAUUACACAAUAGAGAAUGUAAAUGCUGAGAUGAGCUUGAUAUCGAAAAGAGUACGUAAAAAUAUAUAUAUAUACAUAAAUAAGUAAAUAUGCGCAGGUAAGAGUCGUAUUCUUAUAAGAAAGAUAUAUAUAUAUAUAUAUAUAUAUAUAU